AGAUCAGAGAUAGGGAAAUUUGUUCGCAGGAGAGAGUGUAGGAAACCUUCGGUCUGAAAAAUCGAUUGAAGCUUCAGCGGAGAUGGCAUGGAGAGCUCAACUAUCUCGGAGUAUGAAGGAGCUUCGGAUCCUUUUCUGCCCGUCUUCCCCUGAAAGUUCCCUCACUAGGGAGUUCAUAGAAAAGAAUUACAAGGAACUAAAGGCUUUAAACCCCAAACUUCCAAUUUUGAUCCGUGAGUGCACAGGGAUUGAGCCACAAUUGUGGGCUAGAUAUGAUAUGGGUGUGGAGAGGGGCAUUAAUCUGAAAGGUAAGGUAGAGCCACAGAUCGAGAAGGCCGUGGAAGAGCUUGUGAAGAUUGGAGGAGCACUUAAAAGAUAAUGCUCCUAUGAACCAUUAGCAAUAAAACAAACUGAUAAGCAUGGGAAGAUCUCCCAAUUAUUGUUUGCUUUUGUUUAAUCUCUUGAUUUCAAUGUGAAUGUUUCUGAGAAUCAUCACUUUUGUUUGGGAGUUGCUUACUCUGUAUCCUUUAUUUGCUGUUUGCUCAGAUAACAUAACUGAGUGUCAUCCUUCUCUUUUCUAUCAGUUUUUCUGACUUCAACUUUGAACGUGUUCUAUGGGACUUAUUGGAUAGUUCAGAAGUCUUCAUAUAA